AUGACUGAUGAUAUAAAUUUGGAUAUGUCCCUAGAUAAAUUUAAACUGUGGAGUACAAACGCCUUAAAAUCUUUUCUACAUGUAAGAAACAAAAUCACUGAUGGAUCCUUUGAAGAACUAACUGCCAGAGCUUAUGCAGCUUGGUGUGAUAACAUUGAUGUUGACCCUGAACUUGAACAGAGAGAGAGAGAGACGUUUUGGAGGAACGGGUGGAUUGGAGAGCACAGUAAAAGUGGCAUUAACUCGUGGCCUUCGUUAAAUUAUCUUGACAUAGCAAACUACAUCGGCUUGAAACAGCCUGAUUUUUUAAGGCGUAUGCAAAGUGAUUACAAGCAAGGGAAAUCGUUCACAUAUUUCGCAUGUCAGUUUGUUCGUGAGAUAUUUAUAAAUACAAUAAGCGAAGACUCCAAAUAUUGUAUGUUGAAAUGUCGCGUAGUUCCUUCGCAAAGAGUCAACAACAAACCCUACUUUGUUUGGGCAAUAAUUGUAAAAGAUACUCCAAGUCGACCUGGUGGACAAAUCAUAAGUGCUUAUUGCUCGUGUACCGCUGGGCUUUAUGGUGCAUGCAAUCAUAUAACAGCUAUGUGUUUCCGCAUUGAAUACGCAGUAAGAGCGGGCAUGACUAAUCCUAGCAAGACCAGUACAUUAUGUACAUGGAACGUCCCUUCAGGAACGAAAGUAAAUACAAAAGCUGAAGAGAUUAGUGAAAUACAUUUCGAUAAACCACACUACAUGAAAGAUCACGAGGCUAGUCAAAAAAUUAUCGAAACUAAAGCAAAGUUUAAGUUAUUUUCACCAUCUGAUCCCAGUCGUCUAAAAAAGCUUUAA